GCCAGAGGGAGAGGAAUAAAUAGAUGCUGCUGCCUCCGAAGGCUUAGAAGUUGGGAAAGAGCAGCCUGGGCGGCAGGGGCGGCGGCUGGAGCUCGGGGGCGAGGCGGAGACGGCAGAGCGGGCCUCUCGGCGUCCACUGCGCGGCUGCACCCUGCCCCAUCCUGCCGGGAUCAUGGUCUGCGGCAGCCCGGGAGGGAUGCUGCUGCUGCGGGCCGGGCUGCUUGCCCUGGCUGCUCUCUGCCUACUCCGGGUGCCCGGGGCUCGGGCUGCAGCCUGUGAGCCCGUCCGCAUCCCCCUGUGCAAGCCCUUGCCCUGGAACAUGACCAAGAUGCCCAACCACCUGCACCACAGCACUCAGGCCAACGCCAUCCUGGCCAUCGAGCAGUUCGAAGGUCUGCUGGGCACCCACUGCAGCCCAGAUCUGCUCUUCUUCCUCUGUGCCAUGUACGCGCCCAUCUGCACCAUUGACUUCCAGCACGAGCCCAUCAAGCCCUGUAAGUCUGUGUGCGAGCGGGCCCGGCAGGGCUGCGAGCCCAUCCUCAUCAAGUACCGCCACUCGUGGCCGGAGAGCCUGGCCUGCGAUGAGCUGCCGGUGUACGACCGGGGCGUGUGCAUCUCUCCCGAGGCCAUCGUUACUGCGGACGGAACUGAUUUUCCUAUGGAUUCUAGUAACGGAAACUGUAGAGGGGCAAGCAGUGAGCGCUGUAAAUGUAAGCCUAUUAGAGCUACACAGAAGACUUAUUUCCGGAAUAAUUACAACUAUGUCAUUCGGGCUAAAGUUAAAGAGAUAAAGACUAAGUGCCAUGAUGUGACUGCAGUAGUGGAAGUGAAGGAGAUUCUAAAGUCUUCUCUGGUAAACAUUCCACGGGAUACUGUCAACCUCUAUACCAGCUCUGGCUGCCUCUGCCCUCCACUUAAUGUUAAUGAGGAAUAUAUCAUCAUGGGCUAUGAAGAUGAGGAACGUUCCAGAUUACUCUUGGUGGAAGGCUCUAUAGCUGAGAAAUGGAAGGAUCGACUUGGUAAAAAAGUUAAGCGCUGGGAUAUGAAGCUUCGUCAUCUUGGACUCAGUAAAAGUGAUUCUAGCAAUAGUGAUUCCACUCAGAGUCAGAAGUCUGGCAGGAACUCGAACCCCCGGCAAGCACGCAACUAAAUCCCGAAAUACAAAAAGUAACAUCAGUGGACUUCCUAUUAAGACUUACUUGCAUUGCUGGACUAGCAAAGGAAAAUUGCACUAUUGCACAUCAUAUUCUAUUGUUUACUACAAAAAUCAUGUGAUAACUGAUUAUUACUUCUAUUUCUCUUUUGGUUUCUGCUUUUCUCUUCCUCCAACCCCUUUGUAAUGGUUUGGGGGCAGACUCUUAAAUAUAUUGUGAGUUUUCUAUUUCACUAAUCAUAAGAAAAACUGUUCUUUUGCAAUAAUAAUAAAUUAAACAUGCUGAUACCAGAGGCUCUUUGCUGGAGUCCCCAGAUGUUAAUUUACUUUCUGCACCCCACUUGGGAAUGCAAUAUUGGAUGCAAAGAGAGGUUUCUGGUAUACAGAAAGCUAGAUAUGCUGUAAAAGAUACUCUGCGAUCUAAUUACAGCCUUAUUUUGGUAUGCCUUUUGGCCAUUCUCCUCCUGCUUAGACUUCCAAGUUUAUAAAGGUAAAAUGGCAGUUUGAAAUCAAAUGUGACACAGGCAAAGCAAUCAAGCUCCAGGAAGCGUUUAUGAGGAAACAACACACAAGAUGAAUUAUUUUUGAGAUUGGCAGGAAGCAAAAUAAAUAGGAGCUUAAGAAAAAACAUUUUGCCUGAUUGAGAAGCACAACUGAAACCAGUAGCCGCUGGGGUGUUAAUGGUAGCAUUCUUCUUUUGGCAAUACAUUUGAUUUGUUCAUGAAUAUAUUAAUCAGCAUUAGGGAAAUGAAUUAUAACUAGACAUCUGCUGUUAUCACCAUAGUUUUGUUUAAUUUGCUUCCUUUUAAAUAAACCCAUUGGUGAAAGUC